UUAAAAACAUUGCUCGGCCAGUUAGUCUAUUAUUUUCAUAAAUCAGUUUCAAGUAGAUUCAAAAAUGGCGAUCUCCAUAUACGCCUUAUACGUAUUGCUUAUAGCUCUUACAUAUUCUCAUGCUGCUCCAUUACAGCCGUACGGCACGGCCGUUGGUGACCGUCUCCUAGAGAAAGCCGAUGACAUUUCCCUGGGACUUGCCAUUUCUCAUCCGUUUGUCUUUUUGGAGCACAGCUACAGCCAGUUAUACUUAGGAACGAAUGGCUACAUCAGCUUUAAUCAGCCCUUUACAGCGUUCACACCGACCAGUUUUCCCAUGAACGACAGUUCGCUGCUGUCCGCAUUCUGGUCCGACAUUGAUCCUCGCCACGACUGCAACACUCUUCCAGGAGGCGAUUUAAACAACAACGUCUUCUAUCGCGAAAUAGCCAACCAGAAUUCAGAUCUGCUUCUAGCAUUGUCAAAUCAAAUACGAGAGUACGACGCAAGUUUCCGAUCGUUCCGUGCGCAGUGGGCGUUUAUCCUUACGUUUUCCCGUGUCGUUCGAUUUAGUACGAGAUGUCCUCCGGAAUAUCCAGCCAAUACGUUCCAAAUCAUACUGGCAACCGAUGGACGCUAUUCCUUUUCAAUUUUCAACUAUGACAAACUUGAGUGGAUCUCGCAUAACGACAAAUACGCGAUUGCUGGCUUUAAUCGAUUCGAUGGCCUGUAUUACAAAGAACUCAACGGCUCCGGAACAGCAAACUUGGGAAAGGUUGUGACGGAAUCCAAUACCGGCGUCCCGGGCCGCUGGAUUUUUCGGCUCGAUGCCAACACCAUCACCGGCGUGGACUGCAGCGAUCCAUCCAACAGCCAUGCGAUUUCCGUUAGUCCAAAAUACGGUUCCGUUCUGGGUGGCAACGAAGUCAUCGUCAGCGGAGUGUGCUUUGAUGCUGGCACACCCAUCAAUCAAAUUAUUUGUCAAUUUGGCGGUGAUCGCCUUCCCGGCCAGCAACAUGGUCCGACAUCCGUGCGGUGUGUGGCUCCCACACCGGGUGAGAUCGGCGUAGUGGCUCUACGCAUCUCGGUGGACAAUGGGAUGACCUUUCCUUAUGCAUCCACGUAUACAUUUGAUUCGACAACGUACUCUGCCAGGCUUAUCGACCAGCAUUUAUGGGAGUCGCUGCCGGAAGUAAAGUUGCGAUUUCAGUGGAAUCCGUACGAUAUUGAUGCCGAUUUAGUAGUUCUAAAAAACAACUCCAAGGUUGCGGUUGAUUUGGUGGGAUGGUAUCUAAGUGGUUCUGAUGUAACGCAGCAUGUCCGCACUAUGGUGAUUCCCCUUGUCCCAUCAGUCAUCAAUACGGGCCGAAUGGACAUCACACUGAAAACGUCCAUCAACCUCUUUCAGCCAGAGUUCCCGAACGAACGUUACAUCUUUUUGCGAGGAUCUCUUCGUAUUAUGAAAGACACUGUUCGUAACGCGCUGGUGAACAGCACCGGCAUUACGCAUGGGAACCAGUCGCUUCCGGUAUCCCUCUGGACGCCGAUGUUCGAUAUAGAUUUUCUUCAACGACUGCCCCAGCAGUCCAGUCGGAACAAUGAUGAUUAUGAACACACUGAAUAUGGAAUGAUCCUAUCUUAUACCGUUCGCCGACCACUGCAGCCGCUGUUUGGCCGACGUGCACUUCAGGCACUGACUUUUUACAAAGGUUCCCAAACACUACUCAGCCAAGAUCAAUGGAGCAAAUAUUUGUCAGGGUUUCCUGAACGCCAUGUACUGAUUGACUCCAUUCUGAAAUGUACAGCUGAUACUGAUUUUUGUCGAUGCUGGGCGGAUGCCGAACGGUGGACGUUGAGAUACAACUCUUCGGAUUGCGCUGACUUCCCAGCGUGCCCAGCGAAUGCCAACCAGGCUCGCUUGGACCGUGCCCGGUUUUCCGUAGAGAACCCCCUAACCAGCAUCAGCGCCUGUAACCGUAUUCAAACAGCGGAUAGUACUUUGUGGCCCACUAGUUUUUGUGCCGAGAACCCGGCCUCCGUUCUAUGCGUUGUGGCCCCCACUGUAUCGCGGAAGUAUCAGCAGCAGUGUUGUUAUGCUGACAAUGCUAACCUCAUUCUGGCUAACAUGCACCCGGGCGGCGGGCGGGUGAAGCUGCUUGUCCAAGAUCGGGAGGUCGAUGACGUUAGUUCCGGUUUAGUCUGGAUGGCGCAGAGGCUGGAGGAGGCUAUUACGGAUAGACUUCCGCUGAAAAAGUGUUGCAACAACGCCAACUGGAAUAGCGAUAGCUGCCGUUUGUUCCGAGAUGUCAGGAAAGGUGGUUCAUCACGAUGCUAUGAGCCGCCACGACCAGCCGUCGGUUUCGGAGAUCCGCACAUUCAGACCUACGAUGGCUUCCGCUACACUUUCAACGGAUUGGGCGAAUACGUUUUGUUGGAGAUCCCUAACGUGAUAACCGUGCAAGGUCGCACAGCCAAAGCGAAAUCCGAACAAGGAGCAGAAUUAAUGGCCACAGUGUGGUCAGGUUUAGCGCUUCGCGUUGGCAACACGACCAUUCAGGCUAGUAUCAGUUCGCGAGGAGAAGGACUGAACUUGUACUUAAACCGCGAAAACAUUGAUCUGGAUGCUGUUUCGACGCUGAUUAUUCUAGACGAUUCCAUAAUACACCUGGAUCGCCUGAAUACGUCCGCGCUUAAAAAAGUCAGUGCUCAGUUGGCACUGGGAAUUCUAGUGGAGAUCGAGGAAGUUGACUUGGUCGUUCAGUUCCAAGUUUCCUUGCCGAGCACCUACAAAAACGCACAAAGCGCUGGGUUACUCGGCCGCUGGAAUGACGAUACAGCGGACGACCUUAUACCUCGCGGCCAGACUGUGGCGAUUCCUCAAACUCCUACCGCCGAAGAGAUUUUCACAUUUGGAGAAUCAUGGCGGAUACAGAAAGCCGAAUCACUGUUCCAGUACCAAGUGCCGGAGACGUACGAGUCCGUCAACGACGUUUUAUUUCGCCCGUUAUUUGCUGCACCCGAAAUUGAAAACGCAACGCUCAAACGGGAAGCAGAAAAUCUCUGCGGUGCAAAUGCAGAGUGCAUGUUCGAUGUCGCGGCUACCGGCUUGUUGCGUAUGGGUCAAACGACAAAGACGUUCAUGACAAUUGUGGAAGAGGACUUCAACACCUCCAUCACCGUUGUAACCAGUUGCGGCUACCCUGCCCUGGAUGAAUCGGUGGUCAUCGCAUCCAACUCCUCAUUUAUCAGCGGCGAGAGUGUACAGUUAGCCUGCCGAAACGAUACUAUUUCUCAGAUAUCUGGCAGUACAACUCUGGUAUGCUCAGCCGAAGGAAAAUGGACGGGAGAGGCAUUAAAAUGCGACGGAAAUCACGGAAAUCGUGUCUACGGGUCCAGUGUGCUCUUUUUGCUCGCAGUCCUUGCCGCCUGGUUAAGAUAGACAAAUGUGGAAGCUCAUUCAGCAAUCCAGAGACAGAGCUGGGAAAUUAUAUUAAUUUAUUUUACAAAUCAUAGUCCUGUUUUAAUUUACACCAAAAUGACACAGUUAUUAGCUACUAUGCAGGUUAUUAGCUGGUGUAGCUGAAUUCGGAUGCAAUCAAAUUAUUACUGUAGAUUUCUUGAUUACCUUUGCUUAGGCAACUGAACUGUACGUAAGCGAAGCAGUGAAAAAAUAAAACAUUGC